CACAUCCCAAAGAACUGCCUCGCACCAUGGGGUCCAUCCUCACUAUGAAAGCGGUUGUUUACAAUGGUCCUCACCGUCUCGCCAUUGAAGAGCGUCCAAAGCCUUCAAUUGAAGAGCCCACAGAUGCCAUUGUGAAGGUUACUUAUACCACCAUUUGCGGCACAGAUCUCCACCUCCUCCAAAAUGACAUCCCAUGCAAACCAGGCUGUAUCCUAGGCCAUGAGGGCGUCGGAAUUGUCGACUCGGUCGGACCAAGCGUGACCAACCUCCGAGUCGGUCAGACUGUCCUGAUCUCCUGUAUUACCUCUUGCGGCCACUGUCGGUUCUGUCGAAAGGGGAUGUCCUCCCAAUGCACGUCUGGGGGGUGGGUUUUGGGCAACCAGAUCGAUGGUACGCAGGCAGAAUACGUCCGGAUUCCGCAUGCCGCUUUCUCUCUCCACCAGCUUCCUCAGGAUAUCGAUCCCAAGGCAUACGUGAUGUUGUCGGAUGUGUUUCCUACUGCAUUUGAAUGCGGUAUAAUGAACGGCGACAUCAAGCCGGGCGCACGAGUCGCCAUUCUUGGCGCAGGACCCAUUGCGCUGACGGCACUGAUGAUCCUAAAACGAGGCUAUGGGCUGCCUCGGCAGGUGGUCAUCAUUAGUAGGGGCGAGUAUCGACUGGAGCGGGCGAAAGAACUGGGCGCCGAUCAUGUCCUCACCACCCUGGACGGUCGGGAAAAGGCCCUCGAGGCCUGCCGGAGGUUGACGGAUGGAGAGUUGUUCGAUGUAGUGAUCGAAGCCGCUGGAGCCAAAGAGACAUUUGAUCUCUCGCAGUAUCUGGUCGCACCGGGUGGCACUAUUGCGUCGCUUGGAGUGCAUGGCAGCAGUUGUGCCUUCCAUCUGGAGCACUUGUGGCAUCGCAAUAUUUGCUUACGAACCAGCCUCGUGGACACGAGUACCACGCCCGAAUUACUUAAGAUGGUCCAGGCUGGAAUACUGACUCCGGACGCAUUCCUCUCCCACACAUUUGCACUCGACGAAAUCGAGCAAGCAUAUGAGGUAUUUCGGGCGGCUUCGACACACCGCAGUAUGAAGGUUCUACUGACAUUGAGCCACGCUUGAUCAAUAACCAUUGCCCAUCUCAGCUGCACGAAUCUGAUGAGCUAGAUUCCUUGCAUAGAAUGUCCAAGCUACGUGCAACUGCUUAUUACUCACUCUCGUUCAGCGCUUCUUCAUGCUAAACAUCCAUUGGUCACCGCUAUAAUGGGCUUGUAAUACCAUAGUGAUCCAUCAUGCAUGCCUCUCAUAAGAUACUAAUCACUGCCGUUCCAUAUACAACCUCCCUCGCUACUCUUCCUUCUUCUCACCGUUCUCGUUGACACUUGCCAUUACUCCCUCAUCGCCCUCCCUCCAAAGAACCCUCAAGGUCCACUCCUUGACCCUCCACACCUCGGCAUCUCCCUCUUCCCUGACCACAUCGACAAAAUAGAACCCUCCCGCCAAAAGCCCCUUGGAAGAAGCAUCGAGUCCC